GUAAGGUUAGAGUUAGGUUAGAGGAGUAUUCUAGGAGUAUGAAACUUUCUCAUUGAAAUUUUUGAACACGCCAAUAAUCAUAAAUUAUCUGACAGCCAAAAAAAAAAUAUUUCUACGCUCCUAAAUUGUGCUACCGGAUCCCACAAGUGCCGUUGUUACUUACAACAGAUUUACAAACCAGCCAGAGAUGAGAUAUGGCAUUGAAAUAUGGAAAGACAAAGUCCAAAAAGAAGUUGCGAAAUAUUUAAACAAAAUAGUCGGUCAAGAAACACAACCCGAUAAUAUAAGAGUCCUCCCCUUCGAUAAGGUCAUUCUCACGAACGCCAUACCCAUGGAGAAUUAUUUUCUAUUUCGGUAUUUCCCGUGUGGAUAUAAUUUAUGACUGUAAGAGAAAAAUCCUUUGGUUUUCCCUGUCGUGUUAUGACCAAAAAAUCUGCGACUAUUCAUCAUUAGAUAACCACAGUACUAACAGUAAAAAGAUAAAUAAUGUACCAUCUUCAAUAACGCUUUAACGUCCUUAGAUAAAACUGACGCAGAGCAAAAUGAAUGGCAUUCGAGAUUUUUAAUAAGAUCUUUUAGUUUUAUUUCAUUUGCCCGGGAUUUGGUUGAACUGACUGAGGAUUCUUUGUGCACCCGAAAUUUUACUCACGUAUAUUAUACUCGUAUUCGCCAGGAAUAUUGAAUUACAUUUCUGUUUAGUCUUCCACUCGAUCCUGGACUUUAACCGCGCACACGAAUAAUAAAUAAAUAAGUUUUUAUCGAAAACCCAACGCAGUCUGUUUUAUUCUGUGUGAAUACGCAGUAUAAUUCGUGAGUUCCUAUUCAGUUUGAAACAUAAGUUAAUACUGGUUCCCGGCAUCACCUAAAAAUUAAUCCUUUAUCACAAGUUUUGAACGGAAAUGGCUACAUCAACAUCGAUAAGGUGCAUCCUUGUCCUAUUUUUGACUACCGUUUGCUGUCAGCGUCAAUCAGACAACCCCGGCGGUUCCGGCGCUUCUUCUUCUUGGGCCAAGCUGCAAAUCUCACCCGACACGUUAAGUUCCAUGGAGUGCGGCAACUUUCUCGUUGAAAUUUACGAACACGCCAACAAUCACAAGCUAACCACAACAGCCGGCGAGAAAAAGUAUUUCUAUUCACCCAUUGGGAUGUUGGACCACAAAAGUGCCGUGAGUAGAUUGAACCGAGUGACGAAACAAUCAGAGAUGAGAUUCCGCAUUGAAAUGUGGAACGACAAAGUCCAGAAUGAAGUGGUCAAACAUUUGAAUGAAAUCGUCGGCCACGAAAUCAAAUCCAAUAAAGUGAGAGUCAUUCCCUUGGAGAAGGUCCUUCUGGCCAGCGAAAUACCCACGGACACUUAUUCGCUAUCUCCAGUGUGGAAGAAUUACGACAAGGGCAAAACAAUUUGGUUUUCUCUUUCGUGUGACGAGCAGAAAGUCUGCGACGAACUGGCCAAUGAAAUGCGAUCGGAUCCCACUCAAUUCGAGCAUUUCAAACUCCUCUACAGUUUGUCAUCGCAGACGUCGCAAACCAAACAGGCGGCCAUCAAUAUCGACAGUGUCACUUCCGGUCGAAUGGUCUCGACUCUUUUACAGAAAUUUGGAGACAAAAAAGAAAUUUUUCUGACGGCCAACGACGAGAAGAAAAUGUUGGCGGAAACGGCCACCAACAUCCGAAUGGACACAUUUGACGACUCCGAGGUUGAGUCUCCCGAAACGGAACCGCAAAUUGUAACUAUUUUAAAGGAUUUGCUCGUCAGCACAUCCAGCAUGACUAUCAAAGGGCAAAGUGACAAAAUGUGGGACUCUGUUUUUUGGAAUGAAGACCAUUACCGGCCGGACAUGACGACGAAAACUUUAAAUGAAAUCCUCAACCAACUGGACACGGAAACUCAAAAGAAAUUGGCGGGAAUGUUUCAAAAAGCCGAGAUGAGGCAAUCAGAAACCACAGAAAAAUUAAUUUCGAGUAAUCAAGACGCGCAGAAAAGACGAGAGGAACAAACUCGUCGCGAAAAUCAAUCGAAAGAUGCGAAUGGAAAUGAAAUGAAAAGAUCGCAAGCAACUGAUCAAGAACAAUCAAUAAGUCGCAAUCAAACUCGCGAUGGCAAAUCGACCACCAGCAGAGAUGACAUCACCGUAGAUGAUGACGUUCAAAUUGCGACCCAAAAUAGUCACACGCAUAAGAUGGACAAAGAAAACGUGAAGUGGGAAAUCGCCAAGAAGAGUUCGAAUGAACUGAAUAGAAAUUUAGAGAAUAAAGAAAAAAUCCAACACAAUUACGACUCAAACAGUUGGGCUGACGUGGACAGAAUCAGUUCAACAAUUUCAGGGAAAAUGGCAAACGAUUUCGAUAGCUCCCGGAGAGUCGAAAUUGUAAAGGAAGACGUUGGAAAAUUAUUACAAGAAAGUAGAAAUCACGUUCAAUGGGACGGAGAGAAAUUCGUGCCCAAACCCAUGCAACUGAGCAGAAUCAAUUUGGGUAAAUUUCGUGACUCUCGGUCGUUUCAGGAUCGCCACGUCCGUGUCCGUUACACGACCGCUGAACUGUCGGCGCCGAUAAAAAUUGCGGAACACGCAGAAUUGACCGUCACCGACGAAUGGAACAAUUUAAAGGAGGAACUCAAAGCCACUACUGGCCUCUUCAGCACAACUGAGAACAACUUGGUGAAAACGAAUGCAGAAAUGAGAAAUCUGAAGAGCGACUUAACCAACACGCGAAUUGAUUUAACUAAUGAAUUAAAAGGGACAAAAGAGGAGUUGGAGAAAACGAAAAUCAACUUGGAGGAAACCAAGGCCAAUGUCCAUAAUCUAUCUAUAAAGUUAAAUGGCCUACACAUAGAGGCCAAGUAGGAGUUGGUGAAAAUAAGAACAGAUUUCAUCAAAACCGUCGAUGAUUUAUCUACCAAAUUAAAUGCGACUAGUAAAGAAUCGGCAGAAACGAAAAUCACGACCGAAAAUUUGUCAGCUGAACUCAAAAAUUGUGUAGCGAAUUCAGAUCGAUUAGGUCGAGAAUUAAAAUUUGCUCAAGAAAAUUUGAAAAAAGAUUUAAAAGCAACUUCAACUGACUUGGAAACCACGAAAACAAAUUUGGUCUCAGCAAGAACAGAAUUGAACAGGACAAAGUCCGCCGUUGCGGAUUUGGCAAUCAAAUUAAAUGGUAAAAUAAAUAAAAAUAC